AUGCAGACCGUCUCCGUAACCGUAUCAGUAAUGACGCUGACGUCGAUUUCCAUCGACCGUUGGUAUGCCAUCUGUCAUCCUUUAAAGUUCAAAUCUACCACCAGCCGUGCCAGAACAGCCAUUAUUAUCAUAUGGAUCGUGGGACUCGCCUCAGACAUUCCAGAGCUUUUGGUGUUGGAAGCAAUCGAAAAGACAAAACGUUUUUCKUCCAUCUAUCUGACUCAGUGCGAAGCUCUAUGGAGCCAAGAGUCUGAGACUAUCUACCAGAUCGCCAAGACCAUCGUGCUUUACAUCCUGCCCCUAUUGCUCAUGUCGGUUGCCUACUAUCAGAUUGUCCGGGUGUUAUGGAAAUCUGACAACAUACCCGGGCAUACAGAAACUGUGCAAAUGUUCAACGCUAAUGCUUAUAAUGGGUUCAACCGGACGGCAACGAUGGGAUGUACGAGCACGAUGGCUCAAAUAAAAGCCAGAAGGAAAGCGGCGAAAAUGUUGGUGGCAGUUGUGGUCAUGUUCGCACUGUGCUUCUUUCCCGUGCACUUGAUGAACUUGUUAAGGUGA